AUGGCAAAAGACGGCGACACCAUUGAAAUCAUAAACGUAAACAAACCUUCUCCUAAGCCUUCUUCGUUGAAGUUUCCGUUGAGCUUUUUCGAAGCUACAGUGGCUUCAACGGUGGCGUUGAGCUUUAUCGUCGGUCUUCUCGGUGUUUACCUCACCAUGCCAGAUUCCGAUUACAGCUUCCUUAAACGCCCUCGUAGCCUCCAUGAUCUUCAACUUCUACGAGAUAACCUUGAGAGCUAUACAAGUGAUUACACGGCACAAGUCUUGGUGGGAUACUGCGUGGUUUAUAUUUUCAUGCAGACUUUCAUGAUUCCGGGGACUGUGUUCAUGUCAUUGCUUGCCGGAGCACUCUUUGGCGUCUUUAAAGGCGUGGCUUUGGUUGUGUUCACUGCCACGGCGGGAGCUUCUUCGUGUUUUUUCCUGUCGAAAGUUAUUGGAAGACCUAUUCUGUUUUGUCUCUGGCCAGACAAGUUGAAGUUCUUCCAAACUCAGGUGGCUAAGAGAAGAAAGAGUUUGUUGAACUACAUGCUUUUUCUUAGACUGACUCCAACUCUUCCUAACACGUUUAUUAAUUUCGCGUCACCAAUUGUGGAUGUUCCUUAUCAUAUUUUCUUCAUUGGAACUGUCAUUGGACUCAUACCUGCUGCUUAUGUCACCGUCAGGGCUGGGUUAGCUCUUGGGGAACUACAAUCAAUUGGAGAUCUCUAUGAUUUCAACUCAAUUGCCACGUUGUUCCUCAUAGGCAUAGUUUCAGUUACACCGACACUAAUGGGCAAGAGCGAUUCAUAA